AUGCCGCGGCCGAAGAAAGCCGAUCUGGAUGGGAGAGAGGUGAAGAAGCGCUCGAGGAAUGGUUGCUGGCCUUGCAAAUCGAGAAAGGUCAAAUGCGGAGAAGAGAAGCCCGCUUGUGCCAACUGCCAAAGGCAAGGCGAAGCAUGCGACUACAGUAUCCGACUGAACUGGGAUGGGCGAAGCAAGAAGAAAGAUGAUGGAAAGCCGGGUGCGCAAAUCAUGACCUUCAGCCAGAAUCAAACAACGCCGCCGACAACCAUAUUACAUGGCUACUCCAAUAGUAUCACCAGUCAAGCCCUCGACUCGGACAUGACCUCUCGCGUUUCUGACAUGCAAUCGCAACUACCUCCAAACUACCUCGUUGAACAUCAUUCGCCAAACCCCUCAAUGACAUCGGUCCCUCGCUUCUCGAAUUCUGUUCCAAUGCCAGCCGCCGAUCCCAAUGCUUCCAGACUACCUCCUCCACCUAUCUUGAGGACACCUCGGUGGACUGAAGGCGCAACCCAUCCCGUGGGGCCCGAAAGCGUACCUGUACCCCCUCUACGACAUACAAUGUCACUUCCAGCAUAUCCCUCGCCAUCGGAAUCAGGAUUUGGCAGCCCGAGUCUCAAUGGGGGAAUGUAUCACUUCGGUGGGAACCCUGCGCCAAUGCCUCCGCCCAUGCCAACGUCCAAUCCAAUCAACUAUCAGGAAUCUGUCAAUUCGCCCUAUCACCCUUCCAAAAGAAUAAAAUUGAGCCCUCGGACGGACAAUUUUGGUAGACCGGCGCAAAACUUUCAACGGGCCACGUCCUAUGGCCCUCAUGAGACCGAGGAAUUACUCCGAGUUCAGUUCAAUCCGAACACGCCUACUUUCAUCCCCUCUUACCUCAACAAUCCGUUGACUCCAGCAACCUCGGCAUCACAAGCCACGGAUGGUGAUGACCGACGUAUCUCAGUGAGCUCUUUGCUGUCUGAAGACCCUGACACGGAAGACUCAAAGACAUCGAACCCUAUCGAACAGACUGUGGUGGCCGAUGAUCAGAUUCCACGGCGCGGCUCCCUUCACCAGCGAAUGGUCUCAUACACGCAGACCGAAACCUAUGGAAUGGAUCGUGGAAAUCCUGACCUUGAUAUCCCUAGGAACAACGACACCAUGGCCAUCUCUGGCAAUUCACCUUCAGAACAUAGUGAUUUCGACUCGUGGUUACACGACGCCGACCUUGGGGUACCAGAAUUCGGGUUCGGACUUGUGAGUCGGGAGACAGUGUUUGCCAAAGGCGGCUAUUACGCUUCCCCAGUUCCCAUCAAGAUCCCUCGAAAAUUGGAACCACUACCUCGAACACUCUCGGAAAACCCCAUGAACUUGCUCUAUUUUCAUCAUUUUCUCAACCACACGGCUAGAAUUUUGGUGCCACAUGAUUGUCCCGAAAACCCUUUCAAGACAAUUCUUCCAAAGAUGGCCGUGGAGAACACGAAUCUUCUUCACUUGUUACUAGCAUACUCUGCAUGUCAUAGAGCGAGGCUUUUAAACCAUCCUGAGCCUGCUAAUCGUAUUGCUCAUUGGGUUCGAGAUGUAUUUCCCUUCCUACGACAGACUUUGGACAACGUUUCGAACACGGCUGUGUCCAACGCCAAUCUGGCCACCGCAAUCAUGCUGUCUUCUUUGGAGAUCAUUUCCCCCUCGAGUUUUGGGGUGUCCAUCCCCUGGCAGAAUCACUUGAGUGUUGCCAGAAGCAUUAUACGUGCCCGAGGGGGCCCAAAUUCGAUCUCGAGGAAGGAUCCAGUCAUGUACUUUUUGACUCGAUGGUUAGCAUAUCUGGAUGUGUUGGGUUCCCUGUCUGGCAGACGUAACGGAGAGCCUCUGUUUGCAGGCAAUUACUGGUCCAGCUCACAUGAAGAUAGCACUUCGGCAAAGGAGUUGUCACUGACCGACGAUGAUGGAGACGAUGAAGACGACUAUACUAUUGACUGUCUGCUAGGCUUCACCACCAGAUGCGUCUCGAUCCUGGCCCAAGUGGCUGUCCUGGCAAGACAAUGUGAGUCGGGCAGGAUCGAUCCAGAGACUGGGCAGAUCAACGAAGCAUGGAGGCCGGCACCCGAUAUCCUAAAAAAAGCCGAGAAAUUGCGACAGGAUCUUGAACGUGCUCGGAACCACGAAUCCAUCCAAUGCCACCAUAGCCCUCAAAUGACAAAGGCCCACCUGUGUGGCUCUCGACGCAACUCAGCUUAUGCAGAGAUGUCAGAGAAGGACCAGGAGGAAGCUUUUGCGACCAAUUCGGCGUUUCAUUGGGCAGGGCUUGUGCACUUGCUACGAAGAAUUCACAAUCUGCCCCGUAGCGAUCAGGCAGUGCAGAACGCAGUUCACGAAAUUGUGAAGGUUCUGCAAAGCAUUCGACGAGAAGGGAGUGCCGAAGCCUGUCUCUUGUUUCCCAUGUUCACGGCUGGCGUCGAGGCUGAAGACCAACUCGACCGUGCAGAGAUCCUGAGCAGGAUCAAGGCUUCAGAAGGUCUUGGGAUGUGUCAGGUCAGUCACGCUCGCAAGAUCAUGGAAGAAGUUUGGCGGACUGGAGUCAGUUGGGAGAAUUUAGUGACAGAAGGCUUCUUCGGUUGA